AUGUCGUGCAUCCAAUCCGCCGUGACAGAGCUCUCCGAUUCCGGAUCAGAUCAAGAGCCUGCUGUGGCGAAGACUUCCCAGCCCCAGCCCGCGAGCAAGGUUGUCAUCAAGAAGCCGGUGGACAGCUCCAAGCCGCAGCCGAAAGCCACGCCGACCCAAAAGAAAAAACCUGCUGCUGCUGUGAAGCCCACGUCCAAGGCCGCAGGCAAGAAGCAGGAGCACGCCCCGAAGCCCAGCAAAACCGAGAGCAAGACCGUGGAGACCCGGACCGCCGAGGGCGAGCACGUCGAGCACCCAAAGACCGACGAGAACAGCAGUGGCAGCAAGGUGACCCCGGAGACCGAGAACAGCAGCAGCAGCAAGAAGACCCCGAAAAGGAAGAUGGAGACGAACGAGGCCCAGAAAGGCUUCAAGUUGAGACCGUAUACCGGGACGCAUGCCAUGGCGAUCCAGCACACAACGGGUGAGAAGAAGCAAGUGCUGCAGGUCAAGGUCAAGGGUGCCAGCAUCCAGCAGAACACAGAGGUGGCUGAGGUGCUGCUGAAGCUGCUUCGCGAUGGCCACCCCGUGCAGGAGGUGAUGUCCAUGAAAGAACAGCUGUGUUCGGAGCUAAAGGAGAAGCUGCAGGGUGCCAGCUGA